AUGCGAGCGCCCAGGCGGCGGCGGCGGCCCGGGGGCUUCAGCCAGGGAGGUCCCGCGGGCAGCUCCACCAUGUCGGACAGUGACCCGGGGGACGAGGACGGCGCCACAUCCCCUGACCCCUCGCAGUGCAAGAGGAAGAGAAGAGGCAAUCUCCCCAAGGAGUCGGUGAAGAUCCUACGGGACUGGCUGUACGAGCACCGCUUCAACGCCUACCCUUCGGAGCAGGAGAAGCUCAGCCUCUCGGGGCAGACCAGCCUCUCCGUGCUGCAGAUCUGCAACUGGUUCAUCAACGCCCGGCGGCGGCUGCUCCCCGACAUGCUGCGCAAGGACGGCAAGGACCCCAACCAGUUCACCAUCUCCCGCCGCGGGGGCAAAGCCGGGGAUGUCGCUGUGCCGCGGGGCACCGCUGCCAGCUCCGGGCUGCUCGUGGUGCCGCCCGCAGGGGCCUCCAAGGUGCUGUCCAUGUCGGUGUGCCCGCAGGUACUGUGCCACCCGGCGCGGGCGCUGGCCGUGGUGAGCGCCCGCAGCCCCGAGUGGGAGAAGCCGCCCGGGCCCGAGGCCGUGCCCAGGGUCGGCAGCACCCUGACCCUGCUGGCUCGGGCCGAGGCGGGCAGCCCCACACCCGGACUCUUCAAUACGCCGCCCCCCACGCCCCCCGAGCUCUUCGGGGACGACUUCAGCAGCUUCCAGCUGCUGGUGGAGGUGGCCCUGCAGAAGGCGGCCGAGCUAGAGCGGCAGCGGCAGGGGGGGCAGCUGCCCCUGGCUCCCCACACCGAGCCCCCCGGAGCCCCCAAAUAACGCCGGGCCAGACCCUGCAGGGUGCCCUUCUCGGGGGGAGCCCGACCGUCCAGGCCUCUGCCACUCCCCACAGCCCAUCCCAGGAGCGGCUCCUGCCUCCCGGGGGCUCUGGUCUCUCUCGGCAGUCACGGCGGCAGAGGAAGGCCUGUCCCACCUCGCCAUCCUCCUGCUGGGAGAUGCCCUGGCUGCCGAGGACAGGACGGUGCCCAGCCCUCAGCGCUGGCAGUGCCCUAUCCUGCCUGGAGUGGGCACUGAAGCUCCCCUGGAAAACCUGCUGAUCUCUUCCUCUCCUGCA